ACUUCGAGUGCUUCAGAGCUUUUAUUAAUCAAGGCAACCUGUGGUCUCACAGGCGAACGCUGUUUGACGGUCGCUGUCGAUUAGAAUACUGUGAAACCUGCCUUCACGGACGCGCAGUUCAAGACGCGAGAGCGCGACCCUCACUAACCCAAGUUAGGCAAAGGCAGAGAUAUCCGGUUACUCGCACGCGACAAAAGGCCCAUCAUGGACGUCGACUCCGUCCGUCGGCGCCACCCGACCCCGGCCUCGCCAAUCGUCUCGCGGCGGCCGGCGGCGAUGCCCGUCACGCCCCGCUCGGGGGCCACGCCGACCGCGCCCCGCCAGAUGCGUUUCGUGCCGGCCGCGGCGCCUCAAGUGACACCCGUGACGCCGCAAGCGACGCCGGCCUCGCCCAUCAUGGCGCCGCGCCGCUGGGGCAUCAAGCAGUGCGCAAAUUUCGCGGCGCCUUCACAGCUCGGACUCGACCAGGAGUCGACCUAGCCGUGCCGCGUUAACGUCGCCGAGAGCACCCUACUCACGAGUGGUCGACUCGUACACGCAGGCCUCAAGCCUCGCAAGCUCCCGAAGCUCCGGCUCAAGAAGCGGCCGGCGGCGCCCGCCUCCCCCGGUCCGCGCGUCCGCCAGGUCUCGAUCGAAGACGAUGCGGCGCCGACCGAGCCCUCGCUGCUCCUCGCGGCGGCCGCCGCGCCGAUGCCGAUCCCCAGCCGUCGCGAGGCCGGCAUUGCGAUGCAAGUUUCGGUGGACUCCGAGGACGAGGACGACUGGGGCCACUUCUCCUUCGAGGACGGCGACGCGCCCCCGUCGAGCCUCGAGAAUUACCGGUGGAACUGA